UUGUAGGAAGAUAAGGCUGAAAGAAGCAAAACACAGACUUGCAGCACGCUUCCAGUAAAAGGAAGCUGAUUUGCUGUCACUUGCUCACCUUGAGUCCUAGCUAACUGGUAAUCUAACUUACUCUGGCUAUUAACACAUGGCUACUUAUGCAACUAGCUACUUGGCUUGUAAACAUAUCAACCUAACCACAAUAUUAAUUUUCUAACUGGUUAGCUUGCUAUAUAGGUAAUGAAAUAACAUUUGUUGGAAAACUGGUUACUAUCUUCUCUUGGUGGGAUAUAUUUCAACUCUUUUCGCGUCCAAGUUACUAUUGAAAUGCAACCGCACGCGCAGUAGGUCAAUGUUUUGGUUUGCGACAUGUCAAAGGAUUUACGGCGUUGUUUAUGAACUCCGGAAGGGCAACGUAAGCAGUUGUCGACACUACUUAAUUGCAAGGAUUUAUUUAUAAGGGACCUUAUAAUUAGUGAAGGCUGCUACAGUCUCAGGCAGUGACAUGGCCAACCCUCUGAGGAGUGAGGUUAGACAGCUAUACAAGAACCUCCUGUUUUUGGGACGGGAAUACCCCAAAGGAGCAGACUACUUCGGGGAACGUCUGAAGAGAGCCUUUAUGAAGAACAAAGAUGUCACAGACCCUAAGGAGAUCAAAAAGCUAGUCGACCGUGGGGAGUUUGUGAUAAAGGAACUGGAGGCCCUGUACUAUCUGAGGAAGUACAGAGCCAUGAAGAAGCGUUACUACGAAGAAGAAUUGUCCACCAUGCUGAAUAUAGGCUGACCGAUAGAUUGAUAUCCUAGAUGUUUGGCAGUUAAAUCUUCAGUAUGCAAGUUUUAGUUUAGCCGUCCAUGAACAAGAGUGUUAUUAGCAACCUAAACAUACUUAGACACAAAUGUUAGCUAUAUAUUACAGUAACAUUUUUAUUUUACUAGGCAAGUAAAUUAAGAACAAAUUCUUAUUUAAAAUGACGGCCUAGGAACAGUGGGUUAACUGCCUUGUUCAGUGGCAGAAUGACAGAUUUUUACCUUGGGGAUUCGAUCUUGCAGCCCCUCGGUUGCAACCUUUCGGUUACUAGUCCAACGUUCUAACCACUAGGCUACCUGCCUCCCCAAAUGAGCUACACUUGCCUCUCUUACCCACCUCGAGCUGUGGAAUGACAUCCACCAAAUGACUACAUACAGUUCAAAUGCCUCCAGUUCUCUUGUGUAUAUAAUUGUAAAUAAUACAUUAUAGAAUGUAUUGAUAACUUGUACAAUGUAACUUAAUGAUCUAAGUAUAAACGAGACACAGCUAUUUCAAAAUUAAUAUUUAUUUUAAAUGUACAACACUGAUAGCCAUAUUUUUUUAAUAAAUGGGAAACAUAAGUCAAGUCAAAGAUAUUUCAUUAUUAACAAUCCUAACUCUACUUGUUUUUUCAAGUUGAUGUGAUGUAGGCUACAUACAGUGCCUUCAGAAAGUAUUCACACCCUUCCACAUUUUGUUAUGUUACAGCCUGAAUUUAAAAUGUAUUACAUUUAGAUUUUGGGUCACUUGCCUACACAAAAUACCCCAUAAUGUCAAAAUGGAAUUAUAUUUUUUGAAAUUGUAACAAAUUAAUUAAAAAUGAAAAUCUGUCAUG